UCUAAAGAGGUGUAUCAGUCUCUUACUGUCCCUUUGUCCCCUCCAGAAUGGGUGCUGGGAGGGCCCCCUGGGUGGUGGCUCUGCUAGUGAACCUCAUGAGGCCAGAUUCCUUCAUGAUUGAAGGCAGAGACUCCCCAGAGGAUUUUGUGAUUCAGGCGAAGGCGGAGUGUUACUUCACCAACGGUACAGAAAAGGUCCGCUUCCUGGUCAGGUUCAUCUUCAACCUGGAGGAGUACUUACAUUUCGACAGUGACCUGGGGUUGUUCGUGGCACUGACGGAGCUGGGGGAGGUGGACGCUGAUCAGUGGAACAAACGCCUGGAUCUCCUGGAGACAAGUAGAGCUGCUGUGAACAUGGUCUGCAGGCAAGAGUACAAGCUGGGGGCCCCCUUCACCGUGGAGAGAAAUGUGCCUCCGGAGGUGACGGUGUACCCAGAGAGGACCCCAUUGCUGCAGCAGCACAACCUGUUGCUCUGCUCUGUGACAGACUUCUACCCCGGGGACAUACGUGUCAGGUGGUUCCGGAAUGGGCAGGAGGAGAGGUCCAGGGUCAUGUCCACUGGCCUUGUUAGGAAUGGAGACUGGACCUUCCAGAUGACGGUAGUGCUGGAAAUGAUCCCAGAGCUUGGAGACGUCUACAGUUGCCUUGUGGAGCACCCCGGCCUCCCGAGACCUGUUUCCGUGGCAUGGAUGGCUCAGUCUGAAUAUUCCUGGGAAAGAUACUGAGUGGAGCUGGCAGCAUUUCUGUUGGGCUGA